AUGGCAGUGUUUGGUGUGGAAAAUAGAACUAGAACUAUCGAUGAAAUAAAUCAAUAUCAACUCGGCCGCUACAUUAGUAGUAAUGAGGCAAUUUGGCGCAUAUUAUCAUUUCAAAUCCAUGAUCGACAUCCAACUGUGGUUCAUUUGGCAGUGCAUCUUGAAAAUGUCCAGCGUGUGUACUUCACGGCCGGCAAUAUACGUGCAAGAGCAAUGUCCCCACCUCCGACCACGUUAACUGCAUUUUUUUCAUUGUGCAACCAAAAUACGUUUGCAAAGACGCUACUUUAUUCUGAGGUGCCGACUUAUUACAGAUGGAAUACUUCCGUGAAAAAGUUUCAACGUCGCAUACAGGGCAAGGCAGUGGAGGGGCACUCAGGUUUAUAUAUGACCGAUGCGUUAGGCCGUUUAUACACAGUUCAUCCAAACAAUUUGGAAUGCUUUUACUUGCGAUUACUGUUAAUCAAUGUACGUGGGCCGACAUCCUUCGAAGAAUUGAGAACGGUGGACGGGCGGAAUGCCCUUCUGUAG